GGAAAUGAUGGACAAUAGAAGCUACUCUAAUCUGCCAGAAAAACUGCCUGUCUUCUCUGAUUCUGCCCACUUGCCACUGACCAGGUCCUUCUACCUAGACCCUAUGGUCACUUUCCACCUGUACCCUGAGGCCUCGGCGCCAUCCCCUUACUCUGAAGAACUGCCAUUGCUGCCUUUUUCUAGUGAUACCCUGAUUAUGGAGAAUUAUGGUGAACCCUGCCCUUUCUCCUUCCCGAUGCCUUAUCCAAAUUACAGAAGGUGCGAAUACUCCUACGGGCCAGCCUUUAUCCGGAAAAGAAAUGAGCGGGAAAGGCAGCGGGUGAAAUGUGUCAAUGAAGGCUAUGCUCAGCUCCGACAUCAUCUGCCAGAGGAGUACUUGGAGAAACGACUCAGCAAAGUAGAAACCCUCAGAGCUGCAAUCAAGUACAUUAGUUACCUGCAGUCUCUUCUGUACCCUGAUAAGGCCGAGACCAAGAAUAACCCUGGGAAAGGUUCUUCCAUAAUAGCAACCACCAGCCUCCACACUGACCCCAUUUUUAGGAUCAUUUGAUUCAGUGUUUCCAAAUAGAAACAAAUGAUACCACAAAUGAGUUCCCUUACAGCAUCGUGCAAUAGUUUUUCCUAAAUGUAAUUUCCGUGUGAGCAGAUAAUAGCUCAAAUGCUAACCUAUGCUGGAUACUUCUUACCUAGGUUCAGAUGUACUAAAUAUUACCUUAUAGAUUGAGAAGAUGCUUGUUCAACUUUGGUGACUUCCUUAGGCAGGAGUCCCCAGGAUUCUCUAUCUCACCUUGCAUUUUUCACACACUUGGCCAGAGUCUCAGCUUUGAGAAACUCACAAAACUAGUGUAAAGUAUGACUAAUGAUUACUGAAUGCUUGUAAAUGCACUUUGCAGAUGCCUCAUGCUAAGCAAUCACAAUGAACUUCCCUUAAUUUAGCAAAAUGUAGUGGUUUUUAUUAUUUGGGGUUGACAAGAAAUUUAUACUUUACCCAUGCCAUGAUGGGAAAAUGUCUCAGAGCUGAAGCAAAAGUAGUUAACAAAACCUUGUUGUUGUCACUUGAAAUUAUUUCAGAGUCAUCUUUUUCCUGCAUACAGGAGACUUCCUUAGGCAGUUUAAUAUAGAGGUUAAGAGGGCAGGCUCUGGAAUCAAACGACCUCAGUUUAAACUAUGACUACUACUUCCUCUCCAUGUCUCAGGUCUUCAUCUACAGAAUGAGAAUAAUAACAACAGCAACUACCCCCAUAUGUUUAUUAUGAGCAUUAAAAGAUUAACAGU